GCGGCGAGGGCGGGCUUGGGCACGCGCGGCGGGGUCGGCGGAGCGCCCGGCGCCGCAGACGCGCGGCCUGGAGCGGGGCGGUGGGAGCGGCGGGAGCGGCCGGGAGGCGGAGACGCGGUGCGGGGUGGCGCGGGGCCACCUCCGCAGCUCUCCUGGCUCCCGCUGGCCUUCGGAGGCGGGCCCGGGCUGCGGCGGCCAGGAGAGCCUCAUCUGUUUCAAUGGUGCAGCUGUCUUCGUCCGCGCUUGGUUCCCAGUCACCUUCAGGCCACGCGGAGCAAGGGACGAUGAAGGCCGCCAAGCCCCAGGUGAACCACAGCCCGCACGGGGAAGGCCCGCGGGCCAUGAGCCCCCUGCAGGCCGCCCUCAGUUCCGCAGCGUCGCCUUCCCAGGCUUACGAGACCUAUAUUGACAAUGGACUCAUUUGCCUUAAACACAAGAUCCGAAACAUCGAGAAAAAGAAGCUCAAACUGGAAGACUACAAGGAUCGCCUGAAGAAUGGAGAGCACCUGAACCCAGACCAGUUGGAAGCAGUAGAGAAAUACGAAGAAGUGCUACAUAAUUUGGAAUUUGCCAAGGAGCUCCAGAAAACCUUCUCUGGACUAAGCCAAGAUCUGCUGAAGGCGCAGAAGAAGGCCCAGAGAAGGGAGCAGCUGAUGAAACUGGAGGCGGAGAAGAAGCAGCUGAGGACCAUCCUUCAGGUCCAGUACGUGCUGCAGAACCUGGCCCAGGAGCACGUGCAAAAGGACUUCCAAGGGGGCUUGAACGGGGCGGUGUAUUUGCCUUCCAAAGAACUCGACUACCUCAUUAAAUUUUCAAAACUCACCUGCCCCGAGAGAAAUGAAAGUCUGAGUGUUGAAGACCAGAUGGAGCAGUCAUCCUUGUACUUCUGGGACCUUCUGGAAGGUAGCGAGAAAGCAGUAGUAGGAACGACAUAUAAACAUAUGAAAGAUCUCCUGUCAAAAUUGCUGAACUCAGGCUAUUUUGAAAGUAUCCCAGUUCCCAAAAAUGCAAAAGAAAAAAAAGUGUCUUUGGAGGAAGAACUGCUGAUACAGUCGGAGAAGAAAAAACAGUUGUUGAAGACUGAGCCUGUCACAGAGUCAGAUGCUCUGCUGGAACUUGCACAGCCAGAGAUACAGCCCCAAGAGUUUCUUAACAGGCACUAUAUGACGGAAGUAGAUUAUUCAAGCAAAGCAGAAGAGCAGCCAUGGGAAGCCGAUUAUGCUAGAAAACCAAAUCUCCCCAAAUGUUGGAAUGUCCUGGCUGAACCAGAUGGCCAGGAGCAGCAGCAGGAGCCCUUCAGAUCCUGGGAGUCUGCGGCCAAGCCCCCGGAGGCAGCCAAGCCGGCCGUGUCCUUGGAGCCAAGGAAGCCGGAGGCCCCGAAGCCUAGGUCCACUCUGCAGGAAGAUCCCAAGAAGCAGUGCGUUUCCAAGGUCAAGCCGGCCCCCAGCCAGGGGAAGCAGGAAGUACCCAAGGCCAAGGCCAGCUGUACUGCACAGGAGCAGAGGAAGCAGGAGCCCUCGAAGCCCUGGCCGGGUCAGCCGCAGAAAGAGCAGGAUCCCAAGAAGCCAUCACCGCCAAAGUCCUGGACGCCUCCAGUGCACAGUGAACAGGGCCUGACCAAGUCCUGGACCCCUUCCCUGGGCGAAGACCAGGAAUCCAAACAGCUCGAGUCCCCAAAGACCUGGGAGAACGGGGUGAGGAGUCAGAAGCAUUCCUCGACACCACAGUCACAGGUUUCUCCGAAGUCCUGGGGGGCGGCUGCUGCAAGCCUCAUGCCCAGUGACCCACUGCUGCCCAGGAAGUUCAAUGCGGAACCCAAAGAUGUGCCUAGCCCUGUGCAGCAGCCCAUAGGCUCUUCCUCUGCCCUCCCAAAGGAUCCAGUCCUGAGGAAAGAGAAACUGCAGGAUCUGAUGACCCAGAUUCAAGGAACCUGUAAUUUUAUGCAAGAAUCAGUCCUGGAGUUUGAGAAACCUUCAAGUGCAAUUCCAUCGUCACAGCCGCCUUCAGCUGCUCCGGAGAGCCCAGGAGCCUCCAUGGAGCAGAAGCUGUCCAGCCGGAGUGAGUCUCUUCAGGAGCCCUCGCAGGCUGCUUCUCCCAUCGCCUGCAGCGCCACUGCUGGCUUGGUCAUUACCGACCAGGUGUCCUCGGGAACGGAAGCAGAGUUUAUGACUUCAGAGACUCCUCAGGCAGCCGUAACCGCCAGCAAGCGGCCGUCUUCGCCCGGCGUGCCCAUGUCCAAGGGCUCUGAGCAGAGCUCCCAGUCCCCUCCUGCAAGCAGCAGCUCAGUGACCGUUAACACUGCACCCUUCCAAGCCAUGCAAACCGUGUUUGAUGUGAACGCACCUCUGCCUCCGCGCAAAGAACAAGAGAUGAAGGACCCCGCUUACUCACCGGGCUACAAUCAGAGUUUCACUACAGCGAGCACACAGACCCCACCCCAAUGCCAGCUGCCAGCUAUACACGUGGAACAAACUGUCCUCUCCCCGGAGACUGCAGCAAAUCAUCAUCCCGAUGGAACUAUUCAAGUAAGCAAUGGUAGCCUUGCCUUUUACCCAGCACAGACCAACGUGUUUCCCAGAGCUGCCCAGCCCUUCGUCGGGAGCCGGGGCUCAGUGAGAGGAUGUGCUCGCGGGGGCAGGUUGCUGACCAAUUCCUACCGCUCGCCGGGUGGCUACAAAGGCUUUGAUACUUACAGAGGCCUCCCCUCAAUUUCCAAUGGAAACUACAGCCAGCUGCAGUUCCAAGGGCGCGACUAUCCCGGAUCCCCGUAUUCCCAAAGGGAGAAUUUCCAGCAGUGUUAUAAGCGAGGAGGGGCUUCUGGUGGUCCUCGGGCAAACUCAAGAGCAGGGUGGAGUGAUUCUUCUCAGGUGAGCAGCCCGGAGAGAGACAGCGAGACCUUCAACAGUGCCGACUCGGGCCAAGGAGACUCGCGCAGCAUGACCCCUGUGGAUGUGCCCGUGCCCAGCCCCGCCGCCACCAUCCUGCCCGUGCAGGUCUACCCGCUGCCCCAGCAGAUGCGCGUGGCCUUCUCUGCAGCCAGGACCUCCAACCUGGCCCCUGGGACCCUGGACCAGCCUAUCGUGUUUGAUCUCCUCCUCAACAACCUGGGGGAGACGUUCGACCUGCAGCUCGGGAGAUUUAACUGCCCGGUGAACGGCACGUACGUGUUCAUUUUCCACAUGCUGAAGCUGGCCGUCAACGUGCCCCUGUACGUGAACCUCAUGAAGAACGAAGAGGUCCUGGUCUCUGCCUACGCCAACGACGGCGCUCCGGACCACGAGACGGCCAGCAACCAUGCCGUCCUGCAGCUCUUCCAGGGCGAUCGCGUCUGGCUGCGCCUGCACAGGGGGGCCAUCUACGGCAGCACCUGGAAGUAUUCCACAUUCUCAGGCUACCUUCUCUAUCAGGAUUGAAAGGACAGAGUUGGCAGUGAAAGGCUCGUG